UUAGCAACCCAAUCGGCGGUUUUAUUGAGCAGAGGACAGAGAGAUGUCGACCCCGGGAGCUUCAGGCCUGAUGGUCAUAGGGAUGGCGGUGCUGACAGCGGCCACACAAGCACAGACCAUCACGGGUUUCUUUCCUUCCACUAUAUUUAUGUCUGGACCUGAAGUGACUUCAUUCCUUGUUACAAAUGCAACGUCUCUCAAUGUAUCCCUUGCUGUCAUUACAGACACCACCACUGCACCUGUGGAAAGUUGCAAUGGGACUAAUAAUACCGACAACUGGGCUUCAACUCAUGUUGGGACACAGACGAAUGUAUUUAAAGUCACAGUGACAUCAAAGAAGAAUCUAACUCGCUGUGCCGUCAGUGAAACUAAUUGCUGCACUGAGGAUCUGUGUGUUGUGGAAACGCUUCAAAUUACAGCUUGUGAGAACGACAGACCCAUCAGCAGUCUACUAAUCCAUGCCGAAAUUUAUAUCAACACCACUUUUGUAGGCCUUGUAUCAGAUAAUAAAACUGUGAUACCCAAUCAAAUAUACCAACCUCUAGGAUCCUGCCCAUGUAACCUGACAGCUGGAGCGUGUGACAUUCUUUGCUGCUGUGAUCAGGAAUGCAACUCAAGCAUGAAGGCACUUUUUAAUGGCUCCUGUUACUCUGGCAUUUUUGGUGGCAAUGUUUCUCCACCAUUUGACCAGCUUUGUAGUGUCCAGGAAAAGAAUCAUGCACCAGACUGGUUUCCCUUCCUGUGUGUCCAGUCCUCCAUGGACAACUCUCCAUUUCUUGGCUAUUUCUAUCAGGGAGACACUAGAAACCCUUCCCAGACUCCAUCUUUUAAUCUGAGCUUUCAGUCUAUUGUCCAAACAACAAUUAAUUACAAGGAAGGAAAUCCCAUUUUAAUGAGACGGAAUGGAUUCGGUGAAUUGUUUACUCUUCCACAGAAAUCUACCAUUGGAAAAUGUGUGAAUGCUGCACCUGUAGCCUACUUACAAGAUUUCAAUGUUUCUUGUGUCGCUGAUAUAACUUCAUGUUCAGAUGUUCUCACAGUUGACUUGAAUGUACAGGUUAACUCUGGGAAUGAAGUCAUAUUCAUAGUUCUUCUAGGUCUCAUCAUUCCAACAGUACAGAUUCAGAACACAAGUGUGGACAUUGUUAAUACAGGAGCUGCCCUGUCUCAAGCUGUGCAGUGUGAUGUGAUUGUGUCAGCAGACUACACCUUCAUUUGGAACGCCAAUGUUAUAACAGAAAUAAGAGUCUCCAUCGUUACUGCUAACAUAAGCUUGACUCAUCAGGCACAGCUAUCACAGCGAUUUACAACGACAUUUCUCACCAGGAAUAGUACAACAAAUGUACUCUCUGGAAAUCCAGGUUACCAAGUUGGAAAGCCAGUCAUUGUUGGUAAUGGGACUAUUCCUUUCAAUAAAAGUACUCUGAAGGUCUGGAAACCUGUUGGGGAAAGUUUGUGUUCCACAGCUGGACAAACACCUGUCUUGUUUGGACAAAAUGUAUUUUCUGGCUGCCUCUUUGAAGUUGUCGGUGAAAACUGCACUCGACUGAGGGAGAAAGCACUACAGUUCCUGCGAUCACUGAUUACAGUCGAUCACAUUGCCAUGAGAGGCAACUCAAAUGUCAGCGACCCGAGUGAAUGGGCAUCUAUAAUGUAUGAUCUACCCAGUACUACAUGUACAGGAAACUGUGCUGCCGAAAACGUGAUGUGUUUAAAGGUACCAUCAAACAUGAACAUUGAGAUCAUUACAGCAGUGACUGGUGCAGUGGAAGGAAUUCCGCAGGAAGAGAUUUUGGCAGCCAAAGUCAGUUUCUCAACUAUUAAUGUGGAGUGUGUGUCUGCCUGUAACUUGUCUCUGCCACUCACAAACUCUGUGCAGUUCAUCCAAGUCCCAGCUCAGCCACUGGCCACUAUUACAAGAUUCCAAACAAAUUACACAGAGUAUGACUGUGAGAAGAAUGACGUGUGCUGGCAGCAACUUGCUUAUCCUCUUACUAUAUACUACACAGGGGAGCCCUACCAUCUAACUCUAGCCAAAGGUAUGAUCCUAGUUUUCUUCUUUAUAAGUGCCGCAAUCCUCGGAGGUCCAUGGAACAGAAUAUGCAAAGCCUGGAAUAAUACACUGUAA